AUGGCUAAAUAUGGGAUUAUAACUCUCUGGGCAAUUUUAUCAAUUGUUCCGUAUUCUGCAAGAUAUAUUCACGAAAUUGAUCAUAAUUUCGGAGAUCCAGAUGGACUACUUCGGGACAAUGCUCUCGUAAAGUUUUAUAUGGAUACUGAGUACUUUGGCCCAGCAACUGUGAUAUGCCCACACCAGGUUAACGACAUCGAAUAUGUUUGGCAUCCUCAAACAAAGUCAGAUGAUCAAUCUCGUAUUAACGCGUACGUUAGUGAAAAUGGCAGGUUUCGUUCUGUUGCUCUUUCGGAUGUCGUGCGUACCGAAGCACCACGUUCAUUGUUUCGAAUGGAGUCGAGUGAAUCACACAGUACGCUGCAUCUCGACCUGACACAUGACGAUAUAUAUACGAUUAUCGAACGCCGUUUGAUCUUCCUCUGUGGUCCAAGGGAUUUGGUUUUGAGUGAUGCAUUGCAACAGCACCUUGACCGACUGAAUGAUAGCACCGAUUUUCCAAAACACCCUUGGACGUUAACAAACCCAUUAACUCAGGAAAUAAAGAAGAUAGGGACAGGAUUGGGCAUGCUCAUUUUGUACCGGGGUCUAACGCAUCUACCACUUCAAGGAUGCGGUAGCCGUCCCUCGCCACUGUUUGCUGUGGACAAUGAGGUGACCGUUGACCCGAACACUGGUAUUCGUUCAUGCCUGGCAGAUCCUAUGCUCAAAGCACCUAUUGGGUUCCUUUGCGAAGGUAGACUUGAACCUGACGAUUGCAUGAGAUCACUCCUGAACAAUCAUGGAGGCGCUAUUACUGCUCCUUCAGCACACAAAUAUUGGGAAUUCGAACAUCAUGAACCCUGGGUAGUAGCACAGUAUUUUAAAGACUUAGCACUACCGCCAUUCAGUGGCGAAUGUAGAUGCAUAAAUCCUGAGACGGGUCAGGUGAAGGCCAAAAUACAGAUCCGCCCUAAAACUGAGUACUCUUGUGACAUUUCCAGCAUGAUCAAACGCAACCGUGUCAGCGCUAUUGCCGGACCUUGGUGUUCGGUGGUACUUCAUCCGGGCAGCACCUUGACCAUAAGGUUCCCAACAGAGGGUGUCGAUACUAUUUCUGGUGAGGGUGCCGACGAACACUCCCAACCUGGCCUACAUCGGCGAAGGUCUCGUAUAUCUUUAUUAGAAACUGGAUUUCAACCAACGAGCUUGAUGACACUACGGCAACAGGCUGGUUAUCAUGACCUUGCAACUUACGACGAGAUCCCGUACAACGAAGCCCUGGCUGGCGAUGCUCUCGAGUUGGAUAUUUCCCAAAUAUCUCAGGGGGUGGUAAAGCUGAAGUACCACCUGGGCAAACCUCUCGCGUUAUUAGGGGGCCAAAACUCGUUUUUGUAUCACUGGGCAUUGAAAUCUAGGAAUGAGGAUGCCCUCGAGAGUGUAGUAGCCACCGUCAGUGUCUCGUUCGCUUUUACGCAUCGCUACAGGAUGGUUGGUUGCGACCGAGGACCACAAAACGUGUUUGAUCCAGAGUUGAGCAAAACGUAUUGUUCAACUAAAUGGAUGAGAAACGGUAUUGGACCCACGUAUGAAUGCAAAUAUUACAAAAGGAUGUAUGAGAAUCAUGCUGGUAUUCACUGCAGGCCAGACGAGGAGCUCCUACCAAACAACUGUGAGUCUACAGGAUAUGAUCUGUCUUCAAAUCGAAUUAAGCCAUCUCCAGAAUCUGUGCGAAAUGUUACGCCACACUCCGUUCGCGGAUUUCAGGUAUUCGACAUGGACAAACCAAAUGCUCCUCUCAGCUAUGCCUGUAUUUGUGUCAACCAACAUGGAUACGAGAAGUCUAGGCUCAUUUUAGAGUCAGACGAUGAAGAGAAUCAUACCUACCCAGUGCGUAGUGAAAAGGCCUCCCAUACGUGGUCGCCGUACAGAUUUCUUUCCUCAAGUGAGUUUGAUUUGGAUAAACGGUGCAAAUCACCGAUAUCAAUUGUUCUAAACAACAUAUCCAAAAGGUCUAUUAAACUACACGUGGGCACAAUGUUGUCAAUGACUUGUGCUCUUGAUUUCGAUGACCCGAACGUUGCAAACAAACACGAUAUUACAACGUCGUGGCUUCCAACAAAAGCGAGUGAAUUUCAUUAUAUUGUCAGCCAUACGUUACAUGGUCGUGCCCUUAUUAGGAGAGCACACAGGGAUGCUAUAGCCGGUACUUCGGAAGGUUUGAAAGUAACGUACGGCUAUGUCCAUACAUCUUCAUUCACACGUUUGUCGUUAGAGUUACGCAAAGGCGCCAUAUUAAUAUCUAAGGAGUCAGACAACAAGGAAUAUAUAUCGAUGACAUUUGUCUGUGGUAAAGCGCCAGAACCCUCGGAUUUGUCAAUCGUCACUUGUAACACAUCUGCGACGCCCAUUCCCUAUGGUACAGGAAUGUUGGCACCUUAUACGUGGAACGUCGUGGAAGUUGCCGUCGAGACCACCGACCCGCACAUGCAGGGCUGCGGCGUCACAUACGCGUCGGAUGAGUUAUUCAAGCCUGAGACGCCCCAACUUUACGACGCUGACGGACAACCUCAGUUCGGGUGCAAAAUAGAUCUUCAAGCUGCCAAGGAAGCUGCGUUCUACUGCCCAGCGCCUUACGUCCUGGACCCACCCAACUGCUUCAGCCAGGUCGCGGUUGAAGGUACCGUCAAGAACACGCGCGAUCUCAGCAAGUCAUUGGUGGUGUCGCGAUCGAACCACUUCGUCAUCCUGAGUUUUGAUGGUUCUCUGGUAGGACCUGGGGAGACACUGCGCCAGACAGCGCCUUUGGAGUGUCGUUGCGUCACCAUAAAGGGUAUCGUUCUCUCCACCAUACAGAUCGAGAACUAUUACUCGAAGUAA